AUGGCGUCCUCUCUGACUGCCGCAUAUCCAUGGACCACCUCUCCACUCAUCAGCUGCGCUCCGAUGCGCCUGAUAGCCAAUGCAUCUCUUGCAACCGCAGUUUCUAUAGCUGGCGGUCUCGGCUUCAUAGGUGCAGGCAGUGACAUCAGCACCCUAUCCUCCGAACUCUCCAAGAGUCGUGACAUUCUAAACAAAGCCAAAGUGUCUACAAACACCGGUGUUCUACCUGUAGGCGUUGGCUUCCUCAUCUGGGGCGCUCCACUGGCAGACACCUUGGCCAUCCUCAGUAAACCUGAGAACAUUCCUGCUGCAGUAUGGCUCUUUGCUCCAAGACAUCCAAACCAACUUAAAGACUGGGCAGACGGUGUACGCAAGGCUUCGAGCAACAAGACAAAGAUCUGGAUUCAAGUGACCAGCGUCCGUGAAGCUCUGGAAGCUACCAAGUUCGCAAGCCCUGAUGUCUUGGUGGUUCAAGGUACUGACGCUGGAGGCCAUGGCGCAGCUCAAGGUGCCGGCAUUAUUUCCCUGGUACCUGAGACCAUCGAUGCUGUGACAGACUACUGCAAUUCCUCUUCAUCUACACCAUUGCCGUUUUUCGUGGCGGCCGGCGGGAUCAGCGAAGGAAGAGGUGCAGCAGCCGCGAUCUGUCUGGGUGCCCAAGGUAUCUGUUUGGGAACCCGAUAUCUUGCGGCGAAUGAGGCGACCAUUGCCUCCGGAUACCGAGAUGCCGUGCUUCGUGCUUCUGAUGGAGGAAGCACUACAAUCCGCUCAUCAGUUUAUGACCAGCUCCGCGGUACCACAGAAUGGCCCACUGGCUACGGAGGCCGCGGCGUGUUGAACGCUAGUUAUAGAGACCACGAGGCCGGCUUGAGCUUCGAAGAUAACAAAAAGCUGUAUGACGAGGCAGUGGCAUCAGGAGACAAAGGUUGGGAGGGCGAUAAGGCAAGGUUGACCACUUAUGCAGGCACAGGAAUUGGUCUUGUCAAGUCAGUCAUGAGCGCGGAGGCCAUCACACGAGAGGUGCGGAAUGAUGCUUCUAAGAUUUUGUCAGGUGCUCCAGUAUCUAGACUAUGA